AUGGCUGAUGAACAGGAAUUAUUCUUGAUUGAGUUUCUGGUCGACAAAGUUAAAAUUCCUGUGAUUAGAGCUAUGCAAGAGGAAUUAUUACCAGCUUCCACGUGUGUUUCAUUUCAAAUUCUCAGUUUACCCCCAAUCGACAUUUGCCAAGAAGCUUUAACAGACGGCUGCGGUUGUAUCGAGGGCGACACGCAAGUUUUCAAGAAGGGUAAAUCCUGUUUGUUCGCUUUGCCAUCAAUCGUUCUUCAAAGACCCUUAACCACCUUCCCCAUAAAACUCUCCGUCUACAAAAAAUUGCCACCUGGAGUGUUGCCGGAUGUAAUGUUGAUCGGCUCGUACCAGAUCGAGGCGAAAGCGAUAAUAAACGCCGUGUUGAGCCAACAGGUGUUCAAAAUACCUAAUCCUUGUCAAACGAUCAAGGACACGUUUAAAAUCACAACAACGACCGGACAAUGCGUUGGAUCCGUGACAGUUUACAUAAGAGCUUCCUGUUUCGGCAAGAAGAUCAUCACCCAGUUUCAAAUACCGCACAAUAGGAAACCGUAUCUUUUCAAGGGGGCGGAUGACAGUCCUGUUUUUCAAUGCAAAAAAAUACCCUCCGAAUGUUACACACCGGCCCCUGUUAAAUGUACCUGCACAAAGAAGUGCGAUGGAAGUGGCGAGACGAUAGGAAGAACCUGUUGUGCGACACCGAUCGUACAAACCAAUUCGUGUCCCCCGUUACCUAAACAACCCGAUUACGGUCCACGGCCUUGCUGCGCCUCGCGUCAAGGAAAACAGUGUCCAUGCUCACCGAAAGCACGACGAAAAGAGCAACAGACCCCGUGUCCCUGUUCAACUGAUCAAACGUUCGCUGCGAUACGCGAAGCAGCUCGUCAAGAAGGAAAAUGCACUCCAUGUGCGGAACCACCUCCUUGUCCAUCUUGUUGCGGUGCUUCCGCGCCGAAAAAGUUUUCUGAUCUGAUUACUAAAGAAACCGUGAAAAAAUGUGGAUGUCCCGUGAAGGAUUAUAAUUGCAACUGUUGUAAAUCUAAAUGAAAGAAGAUAUUUUUCAAGGGAAAAUGCGUAACAAUUAAUCAACCCGUAUCAUGCAUUAAUUAAGAUUCUUACUGAAAACAUACUAAUAACUCUUCAAUUGGAGGCGAUAUUUCUAUACGUUCUCCUCGAUCCGAAUAGAAAAACGAGACAGAUAACACCGGCAAUUAAAGAG